UCCUUCCAUUAGCCGCGUACAGAUUGAGAGAUAGAGAGAGCUACAGCAGCCAGAGCAAGAAAAUCCUUGCAAGAGAAGAACGAAAUCCAAGAGAGAAAAAGAGAUGGGUAGAAGAGGAAGCCCGGCGGCGUUCCUGGUGUUCUUGGCCGUUCUAGCCGUGCUCCUCGCAGCUCUUCCCCACCUCGCCGAAUCCAGCGGCAGGCACCACCACCACCACGGCCAACACUCCCAUCUCCAAAGCAGAGGGCACGGAGACGAAGAGCAGGCGCCGGCGGCGAAGGUGAGGAGGGAGUGGCCGUGCUGCGACAACUGCGGCAGUUGCACCAAGUCGAUCCCGCCGCAGUGCCAGUGCAUGGACGCUGUGCGCGGCGGGUGCCACCCGGCGUGCCGGGAUUGCGUCAAGUCCGCCCUCAGCGUCCACCCGCCCGUCUAUCAGUGCAUGGACCGCAUCCCAAACUUCUGCCAGCGGCGCUGUAACGCCGUCGCCGCCCACUGACCCAACCCAGCAGACCGGCCAACUGACCCAACGCGGCAAUGCCCACCUACCGUCACCGGCGACGAAGAAUCUUACCAAGUCCAAUAGUCUAUGCCAUUGCCAACGUGCCUGCCAGUUUUUAAUUAGCCGCGGCUCUUGUCUUUGUUGACUGAAUACUCUGUAACCUGUACGGUGCCUCUGUUUCCCCUCGAUGCAAUGUAAAUCUGAAGAGAGAGUUUAUCUAA